AUGAGUACCUCCAGUCCUCCGGAUACUUCACUUGAGGACCAGGUUCAGGCCAGUGAAUGCGGUCCUCCUCAACAGAAUUACUUUGGUUGGUUGAAAUCAACAUUUUCUCAGCCAACAGAAGUGUGGGAUCAAAUUAAACAGGAUAUUACAGAGGUGGCUCAAGCAGUAGCAUCAAGUGAUCCAAUUGCCGCUGCGAAAGGCACCGCAAGUUCAGUCUAUCGCCAGUUUUCUGAUGCUGUUCACAGCCUUCAGCAAGGCGCUAAAUCGGAUCCUCCACCACCUGAAAACGAAACGGCCCGAGCUCAUAUUUUCCUCUGGAUUCCAGACACCACGGGGGCAGGCGACGUCAAUCUCGAGUCGCCGAUGUCAUCGGUUAAGUCGUCAUUCUACGAAAUUGUCGAUGCACUCGAAAAGGGCCUCACCGAACUCACCGGCGCCUCGUUCAGUUUCGGUCUCAAAGCCAACAACGCUGCUAGUGGUGGCGGUGGAUCGGGUGGCAACCGUGAUACCCUUUCAACGACCCUGCGGUCCGGUCUGCUGGAUGGACUGCGGGCGCCCGAGUCCAAGUCUACUACUUGCGUGAAUCAACGUCCUGAAGCACUCACGCCCGUGGUCACUGGGCGUUUCGUAGAGCGGAUUUUAGCGGUGCAAUGUCCUUGCUACUUUAAGGCUCGCAUUGAUGUGAUUCGAGCAGAUCCAGCAACUUUUGAGAGUUCACCGUCACCGCAGAAGGACAUUCUGCCCUACGAGGAGUGGCGGAAGGCCUACUUCAACGACCAGACCUGCUCUCCUCACCCGGACACACCAAUUUUUGAGGGGUCGACCCUGCCCACCGGCGACGCCCCCUCCGCCACCUACCCUCCCCCCUCGCGGGUGCUUGAGGAGAGCCCUGUUGUGCGCAGGCACCUCCUGCGUCUGGUCGAUCCUGACGGUGGAAGCGGGAGCCUCAGCGAGACCGAUUUUUGGUCAAGGUACUACUACAGAGUCUGGUGUCUCGAUGUCCUGCAACUCCGGAGCACUCGACUCGUUAAUAAGCUGGAAAAGGACCAUGUUGACAAUGCGGCUGACGAUGCGUCAAUGGGGACGUGGCCUGGUGCGUUUUUAACUCUUGCUCGGUGGUCUUUUAACUAG